UGGAACGAGGCGUUGCACUUGGUGAGUUAGUUAAUACCGAGUGUCCUGAGUUUUUUGGAGGUCGUAAUUGGGAGAACAUCUUUGAUGUUAAGAAGGAUGAUAAGGCAUAUAGCAAUGUAGUUAGAUUGUUUUAUACAAAUUUACAUGACUUUGCUAAGGUUGGGUACACUUUGAAGUCUGUAAUUAGGGGUAAAGAAAUAGAAGUUUCCCCUGAUUUUAUUUCAAAAAUGUUGAAAGUUCCCAGGCCUGUCAUCACUGAGAAUACCAUUGUAUUUCCUUACAAAAGUAAAGAGGAAGUCCCUAGCAUGGAAACGGUUAUUGAGACAAUUUGUGAUGUUGCUAUCGAAUGGGUGGAUGAGAAUAGUAAAAUUUAUCAGAAAGACCUUCGUUUGCCUUAUAGGGAUGAUAACAGGCGACGUCUUCCAUUUCCUAUUUUGAUUACAAAUAUUGUGAAG